UAGAAGCUUGAUAAGAACCUUAAGGUUGCAAUUACAUGCAGGACAUCAAGAGUCCUGUGUAGAUGGCCACAUUGGUUAUAUUUCAAAUAUGUAUGUCCAUGAUACUCAAAGCUGAAAAGAAGGACAAACAUUCAGUUCAGAUAUCAAGUCAGACAGAAAAGUUCAGUAUUUGCUGCAUGUUUCUUAAAUCAUUUAUGUAUUCACACUUUAAAAAGGCACAUAACUCCUAUUUACAUGCUGUAUAUUGAAUCACAGGUGUGACUAAAUAUUGAGCCAAUUAUUCUAGAAAUUAAAAAUUACAUUUGUACCAAACAAAAUACAUGAUGCAAAACAAACAUCAGGUUGUCAUCUAAGUUGUGGCUCAAGAUGUAGUUUUUAUGUAAAUGUACAAAUGACCAAAGCUCUGGUGGAAACAUUAGCAACACAUUACAGGGGCAGUUCAUCUCAAAAUAAAAUACAUAUUUUCCUUUUUGACUGUAGUAAUAUUUAUCCUUGGUGUGAUUUGCUGAGUUUUAAAGAUAUUGCUAAUAGAGAUGUCGGCCUUUCUCAAAUAUAAUGGCACCAGAUGGCACUAUUGAUGAAAGCGGCAAAAAAUAAAUAAAUAAAAUAAAAAAACUCAGGAUAAUCCACAGAUCUUUAUGUGAGCAGCUUCAUGUAGGAACUACCUGUCACCGUGCAGAGGGAAGCGUGCAUGUACUCAUGGAUGAGAGGCUUGAGUGCUGAAUGUGAACAUUAAUGGUGUCCUUGGCAGGGUUGUAUCUCACCCAGCACCACUGACAUAGCUGGAGUUAGUUUGCUGGUGUAGUUUGGUAGAAAGAAGUUCAGUUAUCUUAAGAAACCAGGUCAUGAUUUCUGGAAGAAACAUUGUUGCACUCUUUUUCAAGAGUAUUUUGUGGUGCUUUGAGAACCACAAGCCCAGUGCCAUCUGGUUCUGUUAUAUUCAAGAUAAAGCAGACAUCUCUACAGCCGAUAUCUCCAAAACUCAGCAAUCUACAUCAAAACAAUCUACAUGGAUAAACAGCAGGUACGAGAUAAAAUAUGUAUAUUCAAUUUGGGGGUGAACUGUCUCUACGUUUUCUAAAGCUCAUGCUCUCAUUAGGAAGGUUUUACAUCAGCACUAAGGAGGCUCUAACUGGCAUUACACAUGAGUGAGGGUCAUCCAUUGGUCCCACUUUAACUGUAUCUGAUGCUCGGUCAUACUGAGUCAUGCAUUUGUUGUUUGUAUUUUUGGCAUUUCACUUUAUUCAGCGUGUUACUUGCAUAUGAAAUGAUUUUCAUCUUUUAUCGUCUCUCUCCAGCUAUCACCGAUAGAGUGGAGAAAAUAUAUUUUAAAAAAAAGGAGGAACUGAAACCUGAGCCCAACUAUUUUUGUUUCUAUAUAACAGGUUUGACAGAAUGUAUUGUGAACAUGACAUAAUGAUAGUAGAGGGGAAAUUCUGCUAAAGUAGUAGUAGUAGAGUAACAUAUAAAGCAGCAAAAAAUCAAAUGGAUCAGUAUGACUUAAGUUUAAAUUAUAAAGUAUCAUGUUAUUAAGUUAAACUUUUCACAUUAUAACGGGAUAACUUUAUUGUUAUAACAUGAAACUUUUCAACUUUUGGGGUGGCUGGGGAUCAGGAGGUAGAGCGGGUCGUCCACUAAUCAGAAAGUUGGCGGUUUGACACUUGGUGUCCUCCAGCUGUGUCGCUGUGUCCUUGAGCAAGAUACUAAACCCCAAAUUGCUUCUGAUGCUAUGCAUCGUUGUGCGAAUGUGGAUGAAUGGAUUAGUUUCUGUUUGUGAGGAGCAUCUGCCAUCAUUUUAUGAAAGUGUGUGAAUAGGUGAAUGUGGCAUGUAGUGUGCAAGUGCUUUGAAUGGUUGGAGAACUAGAAAGGCGCUAUACAAGUACAGUCCAUUUACCAUUUGCCACGUUAUAAUGUGAAAACUUUAAGGUCCAGAGUGUAACAUUUAAGACAUGCAAUAUAAUAUUCAUAGGUAUGUUUUCAUUAGUGUAUAAUCACCUGAAUGUAGGAAUCGCUGUGUUUUUGUUACCUUAGAAGGACCUUUUUUUAUCUGCAUACACUGUGGGUCGCCUUUUAUGGAGUACACCACGUUGAAAUGGAUAAACCAUACACACUUCACAGCCCCUUUUUAUUCUCUGGUUGUCAAAUACAGACUGGAGAAGUGUUCACUUAGUUGUAAUCUGCAACUUCAUCGCUAGAUGGCACCAAAUCACACUGUUCCUUUAAAGCACCAAAUACUAACACUGCAAGGAGUUGUUCUCCAAUGAACGUGUUUUUGACACAUUACAGGAUGCUUUACGUAUGUGUGAAGAUUAACACAUUUUGUUCAUGUGUUUUUUUCGAUUGUGAUCUUAAUGUCAUAGACAUUUGGAUUGCCCCAUACAAAGUCAUGGGCAGGGAAAGUCCUGGUGUCUGUCCCUUGCUCUUUUCCCAUUUGGGUGUGUGGGUGUAUGUGUGUGCAUAAUUUAAAGCAUCAGUGUCCCCACAAAGCUCUUAGAAUGGGGGAAAACCUCUGAAAGGACUAUAUUUUUGCUGGUCACCUCUGUGGUCAAAAUAAUGCUGAUAAUCCUGGAUUUAGGUCCAGGGUUAAGGGUCAGGGAAUUGAUUUAGGAUCAGGGAAAUAUGAUAAUUUAGAUAAAAAUACAGAAGUGCAGACUUUUUACUGUAAAUAUAUCCUAUACACAAUCUCAUUUGUAUGGCUGAAAGUGAUGAUUUUUUCAUUACUGAUGAAUCUGACAAUCAGUUUUUUAAUCAAUUGACAAAUCGUUUGAUCUAUAAUGUGAUAAAUGUCCCUCACAAUCUCCCAAAGCCACCAACAACCCAAAAGCCAAAAAUGUGUCAUUCACUGUUAUUGUAGACAAAAAACAGCAAAUAUUCACAUUUGACAAGCAGUAACCAGUGAUUUCUUUUGGCUUUUUAGUUUUAAAAAAUGAUUUAAUGACUGGAAAAACAGAGAAAAAGAAGACCUCUAGAGCAAAUAGACUAUCAAUAAUGUCUUUGUAUAAAUCCAAUGGUAUGAUAUAUGUGUACUUCAUCUGUAUGUGUUCAUUUGUCAGUAUGCGUGUGUGUGUGGGUGUGCAUCUGUGUGUCCGUUUGUGUGAUUCCAGGUUUGUUAAUCAGAUACCGUAUAUCUCAGAUGCUGUUCAGUUUAAAAGCUGAGGGCAACCCCCCACACCACCACGCACACUUCUUAUCUUCAUCUCUCAGUCCCUUUCUUUCGAAACUCACUUAGUCUGUUUACUAAAAUUUGACUUGCAAAACAAGUAUACAGAGGAAAUGCUCUAUCCACCCCCUCUGUCAAUAGCCUCUUAUCUCUUUGCUAUGUGUAUAGUUCAGUUUCUGUCUCACCUCUCCAAUGUGCUAAUGCUAGUGAUGAUGAUACAUGCGGUGUGCAAGCAUAUAAAUAUGAUGGUCAGUGGGCAGUUAGAGCAUACCAUCAUCAGGAUUACUACAACUGAACUUCGAUUACUACAGCUUCACUUCAGUUUAUCUUCACUGAAAUGAAGACUUUGUCACUGUGGAUGUUUGGGCUUUUGUUCAUCAGCCUUACAGGAGCACAUGGACUCAACAACUUUCCAGAAAACUUUGUGGUGGCAAAAACAAAUGAUGAUGUCAUACUGACCUGCGGACCAAAGGCUGAUGGAGACGUCACAUGGAAGUUUCGCAUGUUUCCCAGUGAAGAGAUGGAGGAUGUUGAUUCUGAGGGCAAUAUCCAGCAGGAAGGUCAAAAUCUGAAAGUGUCUGAAGUAGGUACGCCCAUGUUGGGAGAAUACAGCUGCUGGAGAGGAGAAGAGAAAUUAUCAGCAACCUAUCUGCUGCUGGAGGAUGAGGAGGAAGAGCAGUUUGAUUCUUUAAUCAGAUGUCGGGCAAAGUCAUAUGACUGUAACUUCAGUUGUAAGUGGACCCGUGAUGGAUACACAGCAGUGCGCCUCGGAUUGGGCCAUGAAUGCAGUGAAGGUGGGAAGUCAUGUCACUGGGUCAGCAGCACUGAACAGCUCCAGGGCGGGGGAUUCCAGUUUGAACUGUCCCACUCCCUCUCACCCUAUGCAGAGGAAAGCACCAUGCUUGAACUCACCGCUGAGGCCAUCAAUGACCUCUCCAUUCUCCGGAGAACCAAGAGAUUUUAUCUCAGAGACAUCGUUCAACCCGAUAGUCCCCGGAUUGUCAAGUGUCAGGAGAUGGACCAGGAACUGAACGUGACCAUUGAUCCACCGUCCACCUGGUCGACUCCUUACAGCUUCUUCAGUCUGGAGCAUGAGAUUGAAUAUGAGUUGAAAGAUGAUGGCCAGACUGGACGUUCAUCAUCAUCUGCCCUGAUACCCAAGAAGAUCAGCAAGCUGAGGGUUCGCUCCAGAGACUCGCUGGUGCUCUCCACCUGGAGCCAGUGGACUCCCUGGAAAAAUGUAACCUACUGACAUUAUUUGAAGCCGAAACUGUCUGCUUCUGCUCUCUCUGUUCUUUCAUGUCUAAAGUGUCCUCUCACAUCCUAGCCUACCGUUUCUCACUAUGUUUUUGGCUGUCACACACUGAUGGCGAAGAGAUAACACAGCACUCACCAGAACCUCAGCAAAGAGUCAAGAGUUUAAUUUGAUGAUAGAAGAGCAGUACAGCACACUUUUAUUAUUCUUUUUUAUUGAUGGCUCAAUUCAAACUAUUUAAUUGUGCAUAUAUUUAUUAUUUAUUUACACACAAAAACACCAUUAUAGACAUACUGUGAUAAAAAAAAAUUGAAAGAAAGUCUUUCUUGCUAACAAAAGCACUGCUAGAGGUCCUUGUGAGGACUAAACUCACUGUUUAUUAGAAUACAGACAUUUCUGUGAUUCAAUAUAAAAUUAUGUCUACCAGCAAAAACAAUGUUGGGGUUUCAUGGGACCACAUCUUAUAAAAUGGGUCUCUGCAGUUUUGUCCAUUUAAGGAUCCUUUCACACUAAAAUCUAAUGACACCUAUAUAAUACAUAAUUUACCAUGAAUCAGAAGUUUACUGGUUCAGUAUGCACUAAACACAGACCUUUACACAUUGUGUUUCUUGUCCCUGUUAUUUCUGUAGUGUGUUGGUGUUUCUGUGUAUUUUGGUGGUUUGUGCUGUGCAGAAUAAGUCGCUAUUAAAAUAGCUUUGUGCUUCCUUCCUUAUUAUACAUGUUCCUUUUUCAUUUGAGUUUUGCUCAUGUGACUGAUGAGUAGAAACCCCCUUUUUAAUGUAAUGAUGCAAACCCACAGUUAUGUAUUUUCUGUACACAUGGCUGGACAAAAUAUUAGAAACUUAAGCUGCUGAGUGUGUGAACUGCAUGUUCCUUUAGAGUGUGCCUUGAAUUUUAAUUGAGUUAGGGUCAAAGAUUUUUUAGGUUUGAAGAGAAUAAAUAAUGGAGCUUGUUUUAAAGAAAUAAUUUAAGAAGGAAAAGCCAUUAUACACUAAAAAUGAGAGAGAAACUUAGUUAAACUAUUAUGUGACAAUUAUAACGGGUUUCUGAUUUUAUCAUGACUAUACAUUUACUGGUAAACAAGUGGCUCUUUAUUAAAGACCAGAAGCUAUUUGACUGUUUUUAGUUGGUAAUGAAGAAGCAAUAGUAUUGUAGUCUUUCAGCAAUGAAUACUUUAUUUGAUACUAUUACCUACAUUAGGUAGUAAGGUAGAAUCUAUUGCAUAGAAUAAUCUAACAUUUAUUUUAAAUGAGAGGAACUAAUAAAGACAG